AAUGACGUAAAGUCACAAGUCACGACACACAACUGAUAUUGGAAAACAUCUUUUAAAAAUCCUCCUUGGAUUAGUAUUUGUACUCUGUGAAAAUUUUGAACAAUAGAAAAUUAUGAGUGUUCGCGAGGAAGAUUCUCCAAAAACAAGCAGUUCUGGUCGUGGGUUAGGUUUUGCGGCUGCAGCUAUCGGAGUUGGCGUUGGCGUUGGGGCUGCCUUGUACUACUUCUUUGGUCAAAAGGAACCUGAGGCUGGUUCUUCGGCGCAGUGGGAAGGUCAGCAAUUCACUAUGGAAUACACCGACGAUUGUAACACCAGUAAUGACUAUAUAACAACAACAGACACUAGUAUUUACGAGACUGACCCCGAGGAAUCCCUGAUUUUAUCUGAAAGCGAGGACUCUGUUGAAUAUGAGAAUAUGGAGCAUGAUUCUGAAAGUUCUACACAUGAAUUAGAAACAAAUGAUGAUGAAUCUGGAUCAAAUGAUAAUGAAUCAAUUGACGAGGAAUCAGAUAAUGCCGAAAUGAGUGUUCAAUCUAGUGAUCUAGAGAAUGAUGACCAGGAGGAAAGGUGGAGUAAUCAAAACACAGAUAGUGAUACACACAACUCUAGUGAUUCAGAAUUAGUAUAUGAAGAAUCUGAGAAUGAUUCUGACUUUGAACAUAUUCAGCAAGAUGACUUUGUUGAUGUAUCAUCUGAAGAUUCAUUUAGAUAUAGCCCAUUUCCUCAAAUGUUGGCGAUUAUGGGUUGGCAAUAUCCAAGUGUUAAUAGCCGCAGUGUAGGUCCCCUAAAUUCCAGAUCAUCUCUCUCAUCAGCAAAGAAGAGGGAAGCGUUUCGUGAGAGAUCAUGGACCCUGGAACAGUGCUCCAUAUGUUUCGAUGUGAUCCUCAAGGAGCAAGAGAUGAUGGCAUUGGCGUGCACGCACAGAUUCCACACCAAAUGCAUCUUACCUUGGCUUGAGAAGCAGCAGACAUGCCCGAACUGUCGCAAAAACAUUUAGAAAUGUUCGAGAUUUCAUAAGUAUAAGUAGUCAGCUGGUUCCUGACUUCUGAUGUUGGCGGAAUUUGAAGAUGUCGCUUCGAAAAGGCUUUACAAUCAUAAACAGUUGUCCAUAAAAUUUAUUAUUUCUAUUCUCUUUAUAUUUAAUAACGGCAACACUGAACUGUUUAUUCUUUUUUUCCCGCUUAAAAAAAUUCUGUCAAUUACUGAUGUUGCCGUUUCUUUCUGUUUUUGUGUUUAGACCUGGCAACGAAUAUAAACCGCCUAAUUUACUAGUCUUUAGAUAUUCGCCAAUACUUAAUGAAAUAAUUAGUUUUAGUACUUAUUUUUAUAUUAGUGGAUACAUUGAAUUAAAAAACAUUUUAUAAAAAGUAAAAUAAAGAUAUUCUUAAGAUUUUCAUUCUUUUUUAUUUUCUUUUAAUAUCUCAGAAACUAUAAUUUUCACAUGUCAAACUUUUGUCUAUGGUUGCUCUGUUAAAUAUUUGUUAUAGAAGGAAAGAACUUUUAUUCUGAAUAAUUUAUUUGUUAAAAUUACGCAAAAUAUGUGAUAAAUAUAGGAAUUCUAAAUUUAUUGGCUGUGAGCCGAAAUUCUGACAUUUUACUUUUAAUAUUAAUUAAUUGUUAUCUUAGCAAUAAUUUGGGGUUGUAAUAUAUGAAUUGGUAAUAAAGUUUUAAUAAAAAUC